AGUUUGGAAGAUGAGAUAGUCAGUGAGACUAUUCUUAGAUUGGCAAGUUUGCAAUCAUGGCAUAGUUUAUCCUACGGUAGAUUUCAGUUGGAGCUUUGUUUGAACACGGAUUUGAUCAAGAAAUGGAAGAGGAUGAUAAAGAGAGAAGCCAAGGAAGUUGCGAAGCGAGGAGAGCCUUUUGAUCCCUUAAACAGGCUUGAAGCAAAGUUUUUGAGGAAUCUCAUUGAGGAGUUUCUAGAGAUACUUGAUUGCAAGGUUUUCUCCUCGGAACAGUUUAUCGAUGGAGAUGAUAUGCAUAUUAAUGCUGAUGGAUUAGCACAGAUUGAUGAUGCCUGUGUCCUAUACUGUGAACGAUUUAUGGAAUUUUUAAUUGACCUUCUGAGCCAACUGCCAACGAGAAG